UGAAUGUGUAUGUUAGCUUUUUGUUUAAUAGUUUAGUGCCCAGAGAACCUUUCACCCACCGUGGUGAAUAAAAAUCAAAAAUAAAACAGGAACGUGUAUUAACGUGUACUAACCGAAGUUGGUGUAUGACGUCACAAAGUUUCAUUUACGCAACGACGACGUGUGGCUCUUCAGGGAGACAUUAGAGGAUAAAAACACAACAACAUAUCAACUCAACACUGGAAAAAGGAAAAGCAAAAAAAUCAAGACUAGUUGAUAUGACGCAGCGUAAAUGGGUGGGACCUGAAGACGGUGAGCUAACUCAAAUAAUCGGGGUUGGGUUUAAAAAGGGCCACUCAGACAGCCCGGGUAAGUAGUGUUAUUUUUUGUUUCACACGGACAGACGCACAAAGGAGACUAAAAGGAGGGGAUACUUGUGUUUAAGUUACUUUGUGACUUGGGGCAGGUUUCCUACGAAAUACCUACCAACAAACAGCAUAACUAGUUAGCAUUGUUUUUCUUUUUCUCAAAAUUUGCACCACAUUCUAGUGGAAUUCGACUCCUAUGUCGUUUGUGUUGGUUAGCUACCAUCGGUUGUCUUGGGGAGGGUGCUGGUUGAUGCAAGUUUACUUGAUUAAAUGGCUGAUGUUCACUGGAUUACGCAUUUUCCCCUCUGGCUGUGGCAGUUAGAGUAUAAUAGAAUAGAACAGAAUAGAAUAGAAUGCCUUUAUUGUCACUAUAUACAUGUACAAUGAGAUUGAGAACAGCUCCUUAUAGUUGUGUACUAUCUGGCUGCACCUGGCAACAACAGGAUUGUUUGUCACUAUACAAACACAUGGCUAAUCAUGCAAACAUAUUAACGUUAUUGACCUGUAACCUUGGCAUUUGUAUGACUUUUUGGUGGUCAUACCAACAAUAUGACUACCAUUUGUAUGACUUAUUGCUGAUACAUGUAUCUACUAGUCUGUAAUUAAUUGCCAUGGGAGAAUUCUGAUCCAAUGGAAAGUCAGCCUUCAAAAUCUACAGCAGAUUUGAUCAUUAAGAUGCCAUUUAAUUUAAUGUAAUUUAAUGUACAUUAUUGUGGUGUGUUCGGGUGAGACACUGCACUGGAGGCUUUCGAAUGAAACAGAAAAUUAGAAACCGCUGACAAGGAUCUUUGUACCAUUGUAACUUUUCAUUGUUUUAUUUCCUCCUAAUCCAGCUUCCCCUUGUUGGGAUUUAUGAAAGAGACCUUGUGAAAGACCAACAAAAACCCAUUUAGCACCUGGGUUUAGUUGACCCAAGUCAAUAGGAGACACGGACAGAAGAUAAAGCAGCACUUUAAUGGAAAAGAAUGGCCCGAGUGUGGUUGGACUGCCCCAACUCUUUACCAGGGAUCCCCCUCAGUGUGCUGUCAGUGCCCAUGGAGAAUAAAUACAAAUGUCAGCAGUGUCUCCAGGUCCUGAGGAAGCCGGUUCAGGCUCAGUGCGGCCACCGCUUCUGUGUCCACUGCUUCAAGCAGCUCACCAGUUCCGGUCCAAAGCCGUGUGAGGCCUGCCGCCAGGAGAAAAUAUAUGAAGAGCCGACUUCUAUCCUCAAUAUAAGUGAGGCUUUUCCGGACAAUGCCGCCGGUCGAGAAAUCGCGAGUCUUCCUGCAAAGUGUUUGAACGCGGGCUGCAGCUGGACUGGAUCUAUCAAGGACUAUGAGGCCCAGCACGAAGGCUUCUGCGACUACGAGAAGGUUCAGUGCGAGGCCUGCCAGGCGUUCAUUCUCCGCUCGGAGAAGGAGCGACACAGCGAGCGCGAGUGCGAGUCCAGGGUGCUCAACUGCAAAUACUGCAAGCUGACCUUCAACUUUAAAGACAUCAAGGCCCAUGAUGAAGUGUGCCUCAAGUUCCCCUUGCAGUGCAAAGAAUGUGGCAAGAAGAAGAUUCCAAGAGAAAAGAUGAGCGACCAUAGUCGGUCCUGUGCCAGGUCCAAGAGCGCCUGUCCUUUCAGCCAAGCAGGCUGCAAGUUUGUGACAGACAAUGGCAAACUGAGCGACCACGAGCACAACAGCGUCAUGGAUCACCUGCGUCUGCUGCUUCCCAUGGUUCUCUCCGUGGCCGGGCCCCACGCCGAGUCCCAGGGCCACGUCGACUGGCAGGAAGACUCGGGUUUGGGGUUGUACAGGGCUCCUGAGGAGGGGGCUUCACCCUCCACGCCGGCGGUGGACUUGGAAAAGAAGGUGAGUGCCUUGGAGAACAUCGCCUGCGUGCUAAACCGCGAGGUAGAGCGAAGCUCGGUGACCCUGGAGGCCUUCUCACACCAGCACCGCUUGGACCAGGAGAAGAUCGAGAACCUGACCAACAAGGUGAACCAGCUGGAGAGGGCGCUGGCCACCAGGGACUUCCAGCUGUCCGAAACGGAGCAGCUUGUGCGUGAGCUUCAGUUCUGCACCUACGACGGCGUCUUUGUGUGGAAGAUCUCGGACUUCUCGCGCCGCAGGCUCGAUGCCGUGGCGGGUCGAGCCCCUGCGAUGUUCUCACCAGCAUUCUAUUCCAGCAAGUACGGCUACAAAAUGUGUCUACGGCUGUACCUGAACGGCGACGGCACAGGGCGGGGGACGCACCUGUCGCUCUUCUUUGUGGUCAUGCGGGGACGCUGCGACGCGCUGCUUAAGUGGCCGUUCAGCCAGAAGGUGACGCUGAUGCUCCUGGACCUGAACAACCGGGAGCACAUCAUCGACGCCUUCAGGCCCGAUGUCACCUCCACAUCUUUCCAGCGGCCCAGCAGCGAGAUGAACAUCGCCAGCGGCUGCCCGCUCUUCUGCCCGCUGGGCAAAUUGGCCGCCAAGAGCCCCUAUUUGCGAGACGACUCCAUCUUCAUCAAGGCCAUAGUCGACCUGUCUGGCUUGUGAGGUGUUGACUGUGGAAGUUACACCAAACACCCAAAAGUGAAUAGGUAUCUACAUAAUACUAUAUAUAUAUGCGUAUAUAUAUACACACAUAUAUAUGUGUGUGUGUGUUUGGGGAGCUCCAAUUGAUUGACCAGCGAUGUGUAUCGGUCGACACACACACACAGUUAGUUGUAGUACUAACUUAUAUAUAUAAUUUAUACCUACCAUAUAAAAUAAUAAUAAAACUGUGUGUAUGAUAUGUUUAGAUUAUACUGAAGAAUAGAACAUUUUGAGGAAUUAAUGAAUAAAAUGAAUGGAGAAAAAAAAAAAUAUAUUGAAAAAUAUAUAUACAUAUAUGCACUACCGCUCAAAAGUUUGGGAUCACUUGGAAAUGUUUUUGUCAAGUCUUGAGAUAUGGCUUUUUUUUUGGCAAUCCUGCCAUGAAGUCCAGCAUCCUGAAGUCCAGUAUCAACACAGUUGAUACUGACCCUGGUGUUUGACGGGUACUAUUUAGUACAGCUUCCAGGUGAAGACCUGUGAGGAGUCUGUCUUAAACUACACACUCUCAGAUAUUUGUCUUCUUGCACAGUUGUGCAUCGUUUUUCUGUCCUUGUUAGACCCAGUUUAUUCUGCUCUCUGAAGGGAGCAGUUAACAGCAUGGUAAGAGAUUUUAGUCUUAGUUUAGAUUUUUAAAUCCAAGAUGAACUUGGAUUAGCAGCCAUACCAGGAGAUUGAUGCAUAUGUUGAUAGUAGGCCUCUAAUAAAUGUAAUUGUUCUUUGAAAAUCAUCUGAUUCAUUUUAAUUGUUUGUGAAAUGGAUAAAAAUGUUUGUGAAAUGCAUGAAAAUGUGCUUUUCUUUGGAAAACAAAGACAUUUGCAAGUGAUCCCAAACUUUUGAGCGGUAGUGUACAUAUGUACACAUACAUAUACACAUUCUAUGAAUACACUUAUAUAGACACAUAUACAUGUACAUAUAUACCUUGUCAUCAUUUUAUUUUUUCCUAUAAAAAUCAGAGGCGUUGUGAUCAGGAAUUUGGAGAAGUACAUUUUUGAAUAAGUGGAGCGUAUUUUGUUGAAAGGGGGUGUGGUGGAUUGAUUGAUUGAUUGAUGUUGCCAUUUGUUCUAAUAAAAGGACGUGAUCACAGCUUCUUCCAGUUAUGGCAGCUUCAGUUCUUACUUUCCGGUUUAGCGGGACUCUUCUGUUUUGUUGGCGACAGCUAGGGCUGUAAACAGUGUAGUUUUAGUGUGAUGAUGUCAUUGUACUGAUGACAUGGGGGGGGGGCAUAACUGUUGAAUUGGUGUACAGUGUCAGUAAGCACAUAAUUGCAUUGAUUUGAUCUGAUCUUUCAUGUGGUGUAUUCUGUGAAUAAUCUUACAUUGGAUGACUUGUACAUUUGGGUAUUUGUCCACCAAGCUAUCAAGAGCUGAGGGUAAGGAGGCGUUCUGAAAGCUGGUGUCCUUUUUGAUGGUUUGGCUAAUAAACGGGAGGUCUGAAAGGUUUAGAUUACUGCACAGGGCUUUGAUGUGGAAAAUAAGUGUAUUCCAAUGAAAGCAUUGUAAGCUAGCUCAAAUUAACUGGUGUUAUGAAGCACAGAAAAGGGAAAUAAUUUUUUGUGAAUGAUGGGCUAAAUUCCCCAAAAGUGCAGUUCCCCUUUAAAUGGCUUUACAGUCCUAUUACCCAAUAGUGUAAACAAAAUAAGAGUUAAGUAAGCCAUUUAAAAUGUAAUACAUUCACAAUUAAUGUUGCUUCUGCCUUGUAUUUGUGUUUUAGGUCAUAGUUCGUUCAGCAAUAAGUAGAAUUUAUUUUACUAAUAAAUGUUGGCAAUAUUGAGCCAUAAUUUUACAUAAUUUCCAAUUUCUCUUACUAAUCUUUACUGUUAACAUGCUCAUGGCUAUUUUCUCCUUUUUAUUUAUAUAUCACAAAUAGAACAUGUAUUGUUGCCAAAAUAAUAAACAGCAAAUGCAUGAACAGUGUUAGCAGCCUGCUGUGUUAUUAAGCAACACACACAAUUGGCACAAGAACACGCUUACUAUGCUUCAUCUGCUGAGUCAAUAAAAACCAAACCAGAAAUGUCCUACAGUAUAAUCAACCAGACGUGAAAGGGAACCAAGCUCAGAAUGUCAUCUGAAUGCAGCAAUGUCACAUUGAAAGAAGGGGAAUUACAUGUAAAGGUUAAAUUAUUCCAGUCAUUGUGUUCCGACCUCAGAAUAAUGUCAUAAUUACAUCAGUUGCAUUAUAUAUCAUUAUUCUAUAUAUGAUUUUGUUUUGGUCUGAUUAAUUAUUCCAAGCCUGGUUGCAAAAGUGUGACAUUUUUUUUUUACUUAAGAA